ACGAAUCAGCGAAUCACGUCAUUUUUCAGUUUCAGGGUUAUAAUCUGUAUUGUUAAGAAAACUAAAGGAAACUAAAAUUAUACUGAGAUUUUUCACUUGUACUUUGCGCGCGCAAACAGUAGCAGCUGGAAAAAUUCGCCAUAGCUCUAUGUCAUGGUACCAUGACACAUUUAUGACAUAAUUUUGGUGAAACAUCAUUGUCUUUGCAGCUGUGGAAGGUUGCGCGCGCAUUUUGAAAAAAUGGCGUCUUUAGCAGUAUUUGAUUUUGAUCGUACUAUUGUUGACGAUGAUUCUGAUGCUACAAUUAUCAAUAGACUACGUGAAAAAAAACCUCCGCCCGAAUGGGAAGCCGGAAACCACGACUGGACACCUUACAUGAGCAAUGUAUUCGAACACGCGUAUUCAGCGGGUAUGCAUCCCGAUGACAUCUUGGACAGUAUCGCCUCCAUGCGACCCACCCCUGGUAUUGAACAGCUGAUCACAACAUUAGCUGCAAACAAGUGGGAUGUACUCAUCUUAUCAGAUGCUAAUACCGUCUUUGUCAACCAUUGGUUAAAGACUCACGGACUGCAGGACGCAGUGACCGCUGUAAUUACAAACAGGGCAUUCUGGAAGAACGAUCGUUUGUAUAUAGAGCCUUGUAUGCAUCAGUCGACCUGUCCCCGUUGUCCGACUAAUCUCUGCAAGUCGAUAGCUCUAGGGAAAUGGUGUCAGAAGCCGUACGCUAAUAUUAUAUACAGCGGUGAUGGCAGAAAUGAUUUCUGUCCUGCAACGACAUUACCACCUCAUGCGACAGUAUUCCCAAGAAGAGGUUACCCAUUAGAUGAUGUCAUCAAGAAGACAUUGUCAUCUCCCAAUCCGCAAGUUAAAGCGAAAGUGGUCCCCUGGGAAGACUGCUACCGGAUAUUACGUGAAGUCUUCCCGACAAGGGAUCAUAUAUCUAACUGAAUAAUAGAUUAAAUUUUAUUUUUUUUCGCUAUUUUAUUACUAUACAGCUUGGGUAAUUAGACAAAUUAUAAUAAUAUUGAAAAUUGGUUCAUAAUUCGUCAAAUGGGCAAAUUGACCAUAUAACAAAUCAUGUAAACGCAACAAACAUUUUUUAGUUGUGUUUUUUUUAGUCCAAUUAUAUACUAAUUUAUAUUCUGUUA